AAGACAUCUUCUUUAGUAACACAUUGUUAUUAUCAUCAUCAUAAUAGUAGUUUGAUAAUAAAUAAAAGGAAAAAAAAAUCAAAGAGUUGGAAUUGCUGUAAAAAGUCUAACAUAUUACCAACAACAAGGAUACAAAGAUGGCAUUCAAUAGGUCAAAAUAAAAGAAGAUGGUCUUCGUCAAGUUUUAAAAAAAUAAUGAAUUCCUAUCGAAAGAGUGAUUGUUGCAAGAACAAAAUUGAGUCCCUUUUAUAUUAUUAUUCGUCUGCGGCUCUAUUUCGACAAAGAACUAUCUCAACUUUAGAAUCAUCUUCUUUUAUUUAUAACAAGAAGAAGCUUUAUUAUCCACUAAAAAAUGAAAUAGAAGACAUUAUCUCUAUCUAUUCACAAGAGAAUCAUCCUUACAUCUUUCAUACUCAAUCAUUAUUAUUUUUAUUUGGUUUCUUAUUUUUCCCUUGUUGGUGGAUAGGCGGUUAUUUUAUAAAGAUGGAUAACAGUCAUCAUGAUUUAGAAAAAAAGACGAGUCAUGAUGAUAAUUCCGUCUAUGUGCAUUCUUCUUUAUUGGCAAAUGGUAAGACUACAACUAAAAAACUAGUAUGGAUUCCAUCUUCUUCUUCUCCUACAAGUCAUCUUUAUCAAUCCAAUUAUAAUGACUUGUUUUAUAAAGGGAAUAGAAUGAUGAGUAUUAUAUCUAUUGGUCUUGUUAUCGUUAUUUUGAGCUUAUUUUUAUGGUAUUUUUUAGAAGUUUAA